AAUUAAUGUUAUUACAUUUGUAGGGACUUUUUGUUUUGGUGCGCGUGUAUGCGCGCGCGCAUCCGAUCGUCUUUGCUGUACUUUCAGGCUCUUUGAAGGCUGCAUCUGGAGGAACUCUCUCUUAAAUCCAAUGUCCAGGAAAUAAUAAUAAAAAUACUACGCUAAAGUCAUCAGAAUGGAUGGAUUUUAUGACCAGCAAGUGCCUUACAUGGUCACCAAUAAUUUCUGUGGGAGAAAUUGUAAUGAGCGACCAGCAAAUGUCAGGAAAAGAAAAUUCAUUAACAGAGAUCUGGCUCAUGACUCAGAAGAACUGUUUCAAGAUCUAAGCCAAUUACAGGAAACAUGGCUUGCAGAAGCUCAGGUACCUGAUAAUGAUGAGCAGUUUGUACCAGACUACCAAGCGGAGAGUUUGGCUUUUCAUGGUCUUUCAGUGAAAAUCAAGAAAGAACCCCACAGCCCAUGUUCUGAACUCAGCUCAGCUUGUAGUCAAGAACAACCAUUCAAAUUCAGUUAUGGAGAAAAGUGCCUGUACAAUGUCAGUGCCUAUGAUCAGAAACCACAAGUGGGAAUGAGGACUUCUAACCCGCCAACUCCAUCAAGCACUCCAGUUUCACCACUGCAUCAUGCAUCUUCAAACUCGGUUCAGAGUUCUAAACCUGACCGGAUUUUUGCAACUCACUUGCCUCCAUCCCAGCCCAUCCCAGACAAUAACUUUCCUAUGGAUCACAGAUUUCGCCGUCAGCUCUCAGAACCUUGUAAUUCCUUUCCUCCUUUGCCUACCAUGCUGCGGGAAGGACGUCCAAUGUACCAACGCCAGAUGUCUGAGCCAAACAUCCCUUUCCCACCUCAAGGGUUUAAACAGGAGUACCAUGAUCCAGUGUAUGAACACAAUGCCAUGGUUGGCAAUUCAGUCAAUCAAAGUUUCCCUCCUCCUCUGAUGAUUAAACAAGAACCUCGAGAUUUUGCAUAUGACUCAGAAGUGCCUAGUUGCCAUUCCAUUUACAUGAGGCAAGAAGGCUUCCUCACUCACACAAACAGAUCAGAAGGUUGUAUGUAUGAAAAAGGUCCAAGACAAUUUUAUGAUGACACUUGUGUUGUUCCAGAGAAAUUUGAUGGUGACAUUAAGCAGGAGCCAGGAAUGUAUCGUGAAGGUCCCACAUACCAGCGGCGUGGUUCUCUUCAGUUGUGGCAAUUUUUGGUAGCUCUUCUUGAUGAUCCAUCAAACUCUCACUUCAUUGCUUGGACUGGCCGAGGUAUGGAGUUCAAGCUGAUUGAACCAGAAGAGGUGGCACGUCGCUGGGGGAUUCAAAAAAACAGGCCAGCUAUGAAUUAUGAUAAACUUAGCCGUUCACUUCGCUAUUAUUAUGAAAAGGGAAUCAUGCAAAAGGUUGCUGGAGAGAGAUACGUGUACAAGUUUGUUUGUGACCCUGAAGCCCUCUUCUCCAUGGCCUUUCCGGAUAACCAGCGUCCCUUGCUGAAAACUGACGUCGAACGUCAUAUCAAUGAAGAGGACACUGUCCCUCUGUCCCACUUUGAUGAGAGUAUGGUCUAUAUGCAAGAAGGAGGCUGCUGUAAUACCCACCCUUAUAAUGAAGGCUAUGUAUAUUAAUUGGAGUGACAGUAAUGAAGCCCCUUCUUCAACCUAAGCUUCUCCUCUUUCAUGAGACCAAGACAAAAGCUGAAUUCCCUUCAGUUGAUUUUAUAAGAAUAAGGAUUAAAAACUGUUAAAAGAAUAAAAGAGUACUAUAAAGGGGUUUCUUCUGUUGUAUUACUCCUGUAGUCUGACAUGGACAGUGCACUUUAUUUGAAAAGGGAAGUUUAGAAUCUAAUUGUUUAUUCUUUGGAACAAGAUGACAAGGGUGAAAAACACAGGUUUUAAGUACAACAAAGCUGUAUCAUGUCUGAGUUUGUUUUUGUUUCUUACUUGGUUAAAAAUAAUGUACAUGUUCUCUAAUUACCCAUAGUACAGUUAAUUCUAGACGUGAUCAAUAACCAUUUGUACACUACUUAGAGAAUUAUCUGUCAUGACACUCUUCCCUUUCUCUCCCAUUUUCACUAUAGUCUACCAUUUUUCCUGUCUUUUUUAUUGCUAGACAGACAUUAUUUACCCUUUACAAAGAUUGAGUUUUGCACAUUCAGAAUAUGUGCUCUACCACUGAGCUAACAACCAAUAAUAGAUGCUGGAUUUGAGAAGAACUAGAAUUGGAUUUUUAGUUUUGUUCCUUAAAAGGCAGGUUCUACUUUUAUUUUAUCUCUUAAAAACAUAUCUAUGUAUCUUAGACACUACCUUGAUUCUGUACAUAAGUCAUUAAGGAACGCAUUCAUUCUGGUCCGAAGAACACAGUUCCUGGUUUGUGAUUAUAAAUUGCAAGGCUGUAGCUUAGCUUCUGAUAUUAGGUGCCAUCUUGUUAUGCAAAUAAAUCAACAUUUAAUCAUUUUCAACUUUUCAACGUCUACCUGAGUAUAGUAAUUGUUUAUACUGAACCAUUCUGCAUAUUCUUUUAACUAUGCACAGGACUGUGAUCACAAAGGGUGAGACAGAAUGCUGUCCUUCCACUUUCUUUGAUCUAUAAAUAGGUUAUUUAAUCAAUAAGAAUUAACUGUACUACUGCUCAUAUCUCGUUAUGCUAUUUCAAUCUACAGCAGUUUCUCCUUCAGCAAAACAUUCAAUAUACAAAUAAGUACUUUAGUAAUUUUUAGACACAAUAUCCAAUAAUAUGCAUUUAAGCCUUUAUACUGCUAUGUUAUGUUGAUAAGCAUAUAUACUUACUAGCUAAUGCAAUCGCUUCUGCUGCUGUCUUUAUUCCUGUAAUACUCUCUUUGCUGAAUUUACUAUGCUCUUUAUAAGCAACGCUGUAACUACAGGUAGCAUUCAGGACAAAAUAGAUGACUUGAACCUUUUACUGCUUAGAAAAAUAGCUUAUGCCAUAGCUGUGCUAUAAACAGCUUUUAUGUGCAUUGCAACAUGGAUCGGACUUUCCAGCUUGCUAAAGAGGAGCUCUGCUGAACUUUUAUAAUGCUCUUUAGAGCAGAGACUUCUAUAUAAUAUCAAAAAUAUAGUUAUUUUCUUUUUUUUUUCUGGCUGCAUAAUGUAGUGCUGGCACUGAUGCUUAACAAAUUUUGUUAGGAACACUAAUUGUAAGUGGGAUUAGGGAAUCCCUUUAAAAGUUGUUUUAAUUUUUGAAAAAGGCAACAUUAGAAAGACAACAAAGAUCUUAUUCUUGAGAUCAAAUUAAAUGAAUAAUAUUUAAGAAGACCUUAUCUUCAGUGUUAACAUUUUGCAUUGGAACAGGAAUUGGAAAGCAUGUUUGAAGUUUGGAGAGUGGUUUUUCAAACCACUUCUCUUCCAGAACAUCCAUCCCAAUAGUUAUAUACAUACUUUGCCCAGAAACCAUCAACUUUGAAAUAGAAAAAGGGUGGUUAGGAGUCUAUAAUUAUUAGUUUCAAAACUAAUGUUUCAUUGUAAAUGACAUGAUAUCAGAGAUGCUGGGAUGUGGUGAUUUACUUUGCACUCAGUGUUAGUCAUUAUAAAUCUAUAAAUGAGUUUAUAAUGCAAUUUAUUUCAAACUUAAUGAGUAUUAACCACUAUAAACCACAGCUACAACAAAGCACACUGAGUCUGCAUCUCUUUCAUCUUAAAACAUUAAGAAAGUUUCAUGUGUGCAUGUUAAAAAAUUCCAUGGCAUGUUAACCUUACAGAAAUCUCUGCAAAAGGCGCUUCAACUUAUCCCUGCCAUUGUUCAAUGGCAAAAUUUCUCUAGCUGGCUAUAAAAUUUGUUUUUUGUUUGAAAACCUACCUAUUGGGAUAGAAUCAGUGGCUUUAAUCAUGAUGCCUACAGAUGUCUCCGUUGACCUUCUCUAGACUUCCCUCCACACCUAACUUAAACAUGGGAGGCUAGCAUUUUCAGAAUGCCAGCUUCUAGCUGUCUUCAAUCACAAUUCUGCUUUUAUUAAAAUAAAAAUAGCAGUUGGGGAAUGUCUGCUUGCUCACUAAGAAUAUACCUAGGUAAAUGAGGUGGUAGAAGUCCUGGGGAUACAUAUGCAUUUGCCAUCUGGUGGAUAGGUGAUUUCUGUCUAGCUGCAUCCAUUAUGGCAGCCAUUUUGUGAAUAGUCAUCUGUAAUCUUUUUCUGAAUGAGCUACUUAAAAUUCCAAAUAUGUCCCCCAAUCUUAACAACAGGAACAUCUUUGGAGGAGUCAAGAUCUCUAAAGUGGCAGGUGCAACAUCACAAUUGAAGCCCCACCUCCUGUAUGUACAUACAGGUACAAAAGGGUAGGGUAUUAAUGUGGUUGCACAGCUGCCCUCUUGCCAAUUUCGAUCCUCUUAACAAGAAUGUAAAGGAAAGUUUCUCCUUGCCUUAACUGCUAAGUUAGGGUAGAUGCACAGAAACAUGUUUGCUUCUAACAAGGUGUAUUAAAUAAACCAGUUGUGAAGCAGAAGUGACAAAGUAUAUGUGCUAAACAGGGAGAAUCAAAUAUCUUUACUAGAAACCUGAACAUAUUCUGCUUAAUGAAAAUUGUAUUUUUAUUCUUUCAGGAAGCCAGACAUAAAAGCAUAUUGAGUCGAUUCAGGAGGCCAAGCAUUUUAUCUCCACCCCUCAAUGCCCCUCUUACUGAAAAUAUUAAUUCACCAGUCUUAUUAAUAGACCCAAAGGUAGCAUUGGAUUUUACCUGGGAUUAUCAUCUGGUGUCAGUUCACAGGACAACUGAGAACACCUUCAAUCUCCUGCAUCAUAUCUGUAUUUUUAAUGGGCAGGAGUAUAUAGAACAUGUCACCUGAUAGCAAAAAAUCCAGAACAAACUGCUGGUCUUUGUUCUGAAAAGUAUGGAUUAAUCCAGAUUUACACAGCCACUUUUUAACUGACAUAGAUCGCCAAUAUAUGUCCCCCUUAAAUAAAAGGUUCUGUGAUUACUUUUGGUCCUGGUUUUAUUGCAAGGAACAGUUCCUUGAAGAGAAAAUAUUAGGUGAACGGGGUAGUUGAAAAAAAGAAAGCCUGAGUCAAAUGUCUUAAUAUUUAAUAUAUAUCUAUAUCUAUAUACUGUAUAUGGUAGUGAUUCACUGAAAAAAAAGAUAAUUCCCAGGGGGAAAAUGGUAUAAGAAUUUGUUAUCUGGAAUUGUUGGAUCCUUUUGAAAUUGUACCUUUAAAAAAAGAGUUUAUUUUAAGUUCUGUUUUUAUUCCACAUUUUUCCAGGUAGAUUAAUAAAUCUGGCAGCUGAUUUCUGAAA